AUGCCAGGUCGUGGAUUUGCAACGCGUGCUAUUCAUGCAGGAUUGGAAGCCGAUCCUCAUACAGGUGCUAUCAUUCCACCUGUAACAUUGGCUACAACAUACAAGAAGGAUUAUGGGCAUGAAUUGGAGGGAUACUGCUAUACUCGACUCGAUAACCCAAACCGAUCCAACUUUGAAACGGCCGUUGCUGCUCUUGAAGGAGCAUCCCAUGCGGCUGCAUUUUCCUCGGGCAUGGCUGUGGUCGCUGCUGUUCUCAGCAUGAUCGAUGCUGGAUCCCAUAUCGUCACGAGUGAUGGUUGUUAUGGUGGCACUUACACCUCCUUUUCAAAGAUUGCUACGAAGCAUAAUAUUGAUGUCACAUUUGCCGAUCUUCGAGAUCCAGAAUCCUUGCACGCACAUAUGAAACCUAACACCAAGCUUGUAUGGAUCGAAACACCGACCAACCCAACGCUUCGUUUGGUGGAUAUUGCAGCAGCUGCCAAGAUUGCACAUGAGCAUGACGCCAUUUUGGUUGUUGAUAAUACGUUCAUGACACCUUAUUUUCAAUCUCCCUUGGAGCUUGGUGCUGACAUUGUUUCUUACUCAGUGACCAAGUAUCUCAAUGGCCACUCGGAUGUUCUCAUGGGUGUUGCACUAACCAACAACAAGAGCUAUCAUGAUGAAUUGACACAAGCUCAAGGUGUACUUGGAGGUGUGCCUUCCCCAUUUGAUUUGUUUCUUGCACGACGUGGUUUGAUGACAUUGGAAGUGCGUAUGCAGCGGCAUGAAACAAAUGCAAACGCUUUGGCCAAGUAUUUGGAAACGCGCUUGGAUGAUGCUAUUGAAGAAGUCAUUUAUACUGGAUUGCCAAGCCAUCCACAACAUGAAUUAGCCAAACGCCAACAACGUGGAUUUGGUGCCGUCAUCUCAAUCCGUCUCAAGAAAAAAGAAGACUGUGAUCCGGUCAAAGUAUUUAUCAACCAUCUCCAAAUAGCUGAGAACGCCACAUCGCUUGGUGGCACCGAAACAACAGUAUCUGUACCUCACCAAACGGGAUCACAUGCCAUGUUGCCCGAGGAUUUGUGUCGUAGCUUGGGUGUUGAUGGAUAUCUUGUUCGCAUCUCAGUCGGUAUUGAAACACUUGAUGAUUUGAUUGAAGACUUUGGCCAGGCAUUAGAUAAGGCGUAUGCAUAG